GGAAGCUAAAACUGUGAACACUGACUUGCACCAAACCAAACCAACCUACCAAAUCUUUGAGCACCACGUGUCACGUAAUAGCUUAUUCGUCGACAAGUAUACCUAAUAAAAUCAGUAAGUACAUGAUGACGUCGAUUAUUGAAGAUUCUGUUCAAUGUAGAAGAAGGAGACAAAAAAAUAAAUUGAAGAAAAAAGAGGAGAAAAAAGAACAAGAUAAAACACAAAAUGCGCAAUUAACGGAUGAAUGUAUAAAUAACAACUUAAAUGAAAAAAGUACUAGAAGAUAUCUCUAUUUUACCAAAGAAAACUACUUCGUUAAUUACUUGCACAAAUCUAAAUAGCGUUAGAAGUGAUGGAAACGUUUCUACUAACGAAAAUGUAAUAAAUGGAGACAAUGAGAUACUUCUUGAUGAAAACAUUUCUACUAACGAAAAUGUAAUAAAAGAAGAAAAUGAGAUACUUCUCGAUGAAGACAUUUCUACUAACGAAAAUGUAAUAAAAGAAGACGAUGAGAUACUUCUCGAUGAAAACAAAAUAAAAAUAUCCAGUCUUUCUCAGAAAGAUAACGUCGAAGAUAUAGACAAUGUGAUUGAUCAAGCACAGAGCUUGCAGUUAACUUUUGAGGAAAAAAGCAGAAUAGAAUUUCGUUUGGCCACAAUAGGCGAUACAUAUGAAAGACUUAAUAAUAAUAAGCAUAAUAGUUUUACUUUACUAGACAAUUUGUUAAUAAAAGACAGUAUAAUAGAAGACAAUAUAAAAUUGUGUUCAAAAAGGAAUCAAAGAAAGACCAGAAGAAAACAACAAAAAGAAAAGGCGUUACAGAAAAAUAAUGAGAAUUAUUAUGAUUAUUUAUCAGAUAAAGAAGAGAAUUCCAAAAUUCCUCAGGAGUCCGAAUGUUCUAAAAUAAAUUUUGAAUGUAGAGAGGCAAUGUAUGCAAUGAUAGAUACAUUAAGUCUCAAUAUAUACUUCUCAUUAUGCAAAGAUGAUAGAAUGUAUUACUGCAUAACGUGUAAUAAAAAAAUUUCUAUAGAAGAGAAUAACAAAUUGUCAGAAGAAUUUGCCAAUCAUAUUAAAUAUUCUGACACUCAUAAGAAGCUGUUAUCUCAAAUGGUAAACAAUGAUAUAAACUGUCUGAAGGAUGGAAAACCUUUCAGCAUAUUGGGAUUGGCACGAGAACACAUGAUAUUAGAUGAAAAUAAAAAUGUUGUAUGCUUAUUAUGUGAAGGCAAAAACUCACCUAACAAAGUAAAUAAUGACGAUCAGGCAAUUGCUGAACAUAUAAUAAGCAACAAUCAUCAAAAUUGGAAAAAAUCUUGGUCAUCAUCUGUAAAAGAAGAUCUGCAAACUAUACAUAAAUUGUUUUCUAACAAAAAAUAUUCUGCACGCAAAUACCUCUGUGAGUUUUGUUCUUAUGAAAGUCCAUUGGAAAGUAACUUCAUAAAACACUUGGGUGUUUUUUAUCAUAGAAGACGGCUUGCAGAAUUAUACAAAGCAAUCUGCAAUUCAACUUUUGCACACGAUCUGCAAUUUAACUUUUACUACUGUUACACAUGUCAAUAUUUGUGGUUUGGAAAUUCACAAGCAUUCAAGUAUCAUUAUGAAACAUUAGAACAUAAAAACAGAAUAGUAUAUGGUGGUAUACUAGGUAAAGUACCAAAAAGAGUUUCAAAUAUUUUACUGAAAGCUGAACAAAAAGCUGAAGCUCUACUUGAACAAUCUAAUUAUGAGAGUUACAAUGAGAUGAUUCACAACAUGGUGUGUAGCAUAGAGGUUCAGUUACAGUGGAAUUUUCCUAAUUUAAGAGCUUAUCCUUUUGGAUCUAGAAUCUCGGACUUAGCAUUGCCUGGCAGCGAUAUCGAUAUAUUUUUGGACUGCGACCACAUGUACGAAGGAAGAAAUUUAUCACAUAGAGAUCCCAAAAAUCUAAUACUUGAAAUCGCAAGUCUCUUAUCUAGUAAUUCUCAAGUGUGGAAAGUGCAGAAUAUAGUGUUAAAUACUAAGAUACCUAUUGCAAAGGUUUAUAAUAUUCCGCUAAGACUGAUGUGUGACAUUUCAGUCACAAAUGGUCUAGCAGUCGAGAACACAAAACUAAUUGGAUUUUUUAAUCAAGCAUUCCCAUGUGGCCGCAAAAUGAUUUUAUUUCUUAAGCAAUGGUUAGGAUACUCUAAUCUCUCAGGAUCAUAUAAAAUAACCAACUACGCUCUAACGUGGUGUGUAAUCUUUUAUUUGCAAAAAUUGCUAGUUUUUCCGAGUAUUUCGGGACUGAUAAACUUAAGCAAUAAAUCAUGGAAAAUUGAUGGUUGGGAAGUUGGUGUAAGUUAUAACUUUCAUGUUAGAACACCAAAUUUUACUUUCGAAGAACUUUUAAUGGGAUUUUUUAUUUUUUAUGCGGAGUUUAAUUACGAAUACAUUAUUUGUCCAUUGCUAGGCAAGCCACUAAAACAAAAUGAAUUUGAUUUGAAAAAGUUGGCUCCGCAUUGUAGUGAACAGUUUCCUAUAACGUCACUAUCUAUACAAGAUCCAUUUGAAUUAUCUCGCAAUCUUACUAAAGGAAUUUCUAAAACUGAGCUCAAAAGAUUUCAAGAAUAUUGCUAUUAUAGCGCACAGAUAAUAAAAAACCAAUUGCCAUCCGUGAAUCCAUUAUUGUUAUCAUAUUUCAGCUCAAGUACAGAAGUAUAACUCAGGUAUAUUAAUUUUUUAGUAUUUGUACACCUACAGCGUAUAUAAAGACGCAAUAUCUCUUGAAGAAAUGUACUGAACAAACGUAAUAUCUUUUAAGUAUAUUUGAACUUUUGCAGGUAACAUUUAUAUUUGUGUAAUAUUUUAUGUGUAAUAUAUUAUGUGUAAUAUUUAUGUGUAAUAUACACAAUAGAUAAUAACCGGUAAUUGUUUGUGACUGUUGCAUUUUACUUUUACAUAGCUAAAUUUUUUAUUCUUGAGAAAAUUGAGUAAUAAUCUGCGUUCCGUUUUACGCAUAUGCGCGCAUUUAUCUAUACUAUACGUAACGUGUACUAUAGAUAAAUGCGCGCAUAUGCGUGAAACGGAACGCAGCCAUAAUAGUUCAAUAGUUUUUUUAUUUGCAUCUAUGAUAAUUAUACAUUGGGAUAAAAUUUGAUGAUGAAUGAAUAAUUUGACAUGAUAAAUUUUGAUUUGAAAAUAUUAUUUCAUAUGGUUUUAGAAUUAUUUUUUAAGUAAAUUGCACAUUUUUGCAUACAUAUAUUUGUGUGUGUAUGUGAUAGAAUGUACAAUUUGUAAAAAAUUGAAAUAAAUUAUACAGAAAAUACAUGGAAAAAGUUGAGAUAUAGUUUUCUCAAGAAAUAUAUAGGGUGUUCGAAAAAUGUUGAGCCAAAGUGUGUCAAAACACAUUUUCUUUACAACUGAAAAUCAUAUCACGCCUAUCGAGUCCGGAUCAUUGCUUCCCACGCACUUAUUGGGUCAAACGUAUUAAUUAAUUACUUAAUACCUAUUGCAAAUUUUGCAAAAUGGUACAAGACUUUUUUGUUCAGAUUGGCUUAAUCUAUCUAAACAAUUCGGCUAUAUCAACAUUUUUCAGUAUAAUAUACAUAUAUAUUAUAAUUAUACACAUAUAAUAUAUACGCAUGUAUACAUAGAAAUGUAAUAUACAAAAUAUGUACAAAAUUAUUUCUUUACAAUCAUAAUUUGUGUGAUAUAAUAAAUUACACAAACGACGAUUAUAAAGACAAGCAACAAAAAAGUAACAAUAUACAAUAUACACAUAGCACAAAGAUUCCAUUAGACGUAAACAGCUCUAUGUGAUAUCUAAUAGAAUGUCUAAUGGAGUUUUUGUUCUGUGUGAACGAAUGAAAAAAACAAGCAAGGUGAACUGACCGCGAGAUAAAAUAGAUCAGAGUUUUUAUAUUUGCAGUAUAACAAUAAUACUUUUUGAACAGUGAAAAAAUAUUAGAGAGAAAACUAAUUUGUAUUUUUAUUUGCAGCAGAUAUUUCUAUUGACAAGAUUGUACUAAUCUAUUUUAUCUCACAAUCCAUUUCAUAUUACCUUCUCCUUUAUUGUGUAAUAAUUUUUGUACUUAUCACUUUAAAAUUAUAAUAUCUAUCAGUAUUAUAUAGUGAUUUACUUUUCUGUAAUGUAAAAUUAUAUCUUUUAUAUAAUUACAUUAUAUACAAUAAAAUGGCGAC